AUGAACUCGACCCCUGAAAGACCGACAAUCCACCAGGGCAGUCUGAAUAAUUUAGGCAGAACGGUCAACGCCAUCAAAACGAACUACAACAAAGUCCUACCGAUGGUUACGGAUACCGCGGAAAAUAUAUCCGGAUUGGGAGCUCCCACUCCCAUCAACAACAACUUCUCCCCGGUUAACAUAGCUCUUUCCGGGACUCCCGUUGGAACUGUGAUGGAUGUCGAACAUAAUAUCAAGAAUAAUUACAAUAAUAAUUAUAGUACCAAUAAUUAUGAAGGGGUUAAUUAUAAUAGGGACGACCGUGGUCACACGUCUUACGGGAAUUACGGAGGCCCGCCUAUGACAGCUGGUGGAUUGUAUCCUGUUGGACAGCUUAAUGAGGUAGCGAGGAGUGCAACUGCACCAGCGUAUGAGGACAACAUCAACAACAACAUGAAUGUAAUAAGUUACGAAAAUGACUUUUACAACAACAACAGCCACAGCAACAGAAACAUCAACAACUUCCAGCCAAGCAACAACGUCUCAAUCAUCGACAGACAACCGGUUGCAGCAACAACUACGAAAACACUAUUUAACAACAACCACAACAACAGUACCUACGCUACCAAAAACUGUCGCUGCCCUUGUUGUGAACGCUACAAACGUAACGGUUUCAGCCACAUCAACUACAACAACGGAAAAAUUUGCGAGAUUGGAGUUCCGGAUUGUGUGGGUGUUUUCAGGAUUGCAAAGGAUGGAACGAUAAUGAAGGAUAUAUGCGCCAUGUUCUUUUGCACCCCAUGUGCCAUUCAUCAAAUGUACAGGGAGCUAAAUCACGUGAACAGUAAAAACGUGUAA